CUUGCCAGACUUUUGAUUGUAACUGAGUCAUCACUUCCCGUAGUGGAGGCAAUUCUUAGCUUUCGGCAGUUAUGUUUCCCACUGAAAAUAGUUUUUUAGGAUUAGCGAUGGAACAGUAAUUAGAAAAGUUAAAGUGUAGCCUACGCUCUUUCUAAUGACCGGUGAUAUUACCUUGUUAAAAUUCAAGCGACGCUGACACUUUGAGAUAUACGCCACGAGCCUUUCCUCCAAGUUACUAAAAACUUGGACGUGUUGUUUUUUCUUUCGGAUGAGGAAUAAUUACAUGUGCGAUUAUUUUAUCGUAUUAGGUUCUACCAGCUUUUCCCUUCUAAGUCAAACACAUGGAUGGCGUCUGAGUGUUACCUUGUAUCUUCACAGUCAAAAGUGCCAGGAAGAUGGCUCUCCAAAAAGGUUCCACCCCUGUACACUCACAGGGAUGGGAAUUUAAACUGCAGAGUAACCCGGCCACUGUUCCGAGCCUGGAGAUCAAACUGGGAGCUUUAGUAAUGCUUCUCUCCACCACUCUGCUAUGUGGUUUCAUACCACUGUGCAUUGUCAGAGGAGCAGGGAGGUGCAAUGUAGCCCCUGCAAUGCGUCACAGAGUGCUGAGUUUGGUGAGCUGCUUCGCAGGCGGAGUGUUCUUUGCCACCUGCCUCUUGGACUUGGUGCCUGACUAUCUAACUGACAUCAAUGAUGCAUUCCGUAGCCUUGGCAUCACACUCCAGUUCCCUCUGCCUGAGUUUAUCAUGGCAAUGGGGUUCUUUCUAGUCUUGACCCUGGAACAGAUAGUCCUGGCCAUAAAAGACCAAUCACAUGAUCCCUCUGAGGAGAGACGAGCCCUAUUGGUGGACCCAAGUGUCCAAUCAUAUGACAGAGACGGUCCAAGACAGCACCAUCACCACCAUGGUAGGGAGGAGUUUGGGGGCUCCAGGAGUUCAGAGGAGGGGAUCCAUCUUCAUGUGGACCUCAACUCGCAUUCAGCCAUCCGGGCCUUCAUGCUGGUCUUCUCCUUGUCCCUGCACUCUGUGUUUGAGGGUUUGGCAGUGGGCUUGCAGGAAGACAACCAACAGGUGUUAGAAAUAUGCCUAGCUUUGCUACUUCAUAAGAGUAUUAUCUCCUUCAGUCUGGCCCUCAAGCUGGCCCAGGGCCAACUACGACGGGCAGCAGUGACAGGCUGCAUCCUGCUUUUUGCUGUGAUGUCCCCAUUGGGCAUCGGGCUGGGCAUUGCCCUAACCGAGACCAAGUCUUCCCCCCAACACCAGCUAGCAAGAGCCACUUUAGAGGGCCUAGCAUCAGGCACCUUCAUCUACAUCACCUUCAUGGAGAUCUUGCCCCAUGAACUGGGCUCCCCUAAGAAUCGCAUCCCCAAGGUGGCGAUGUUGCUUACUGGGUUUGCAGUGGUCACAGGCGUCCUUUUUAUCAAACUGUAGGUAGUCCUGAACUCAAGUCUACCAAAUCUGAAUAAAAUAACACUAGGAUGCGAUGCCAAAGAAGAAAGAUAAUGCAGAUUGUCAAAUUUGUGUUCAUUAGUAUGGCAUUAGAAAAUGCUACAACCACAUUGUCUUGUGCAACACAAAAAUGCAGAUUUGUCUUUCAGAGGUCACACCUGAAGUCACAAAAAAAUCACACCUGUAAUACUCAGAAAAAAUGCCAAAUAAUGUGGAUAUAGAAUUAUUUCUAAGGGUGAAACAAUGUCUUUUUAUAUAAUUAGGCCAAUUAUACUUUUUUCCAAUUUACUUAUUGACAAUUAGAAACGAUCUAUUUUUAUGACCAACAGCCAAUUUACAACAAUUGUUCAAUGAUAGUUAAAUAGCCUGAAAAAAGAGCAAAUAAUUAAUAUAUAUAUAUAUGAUCUAAUUUGUUCAAUUAAUGUGUCUUUAUGAUUUUUUGUAUAUGAUUUAUAUGAGUUGUGAUAUCUUUAUGUCCAGUGCAUUUGUAGCUACAAUACAGUUGGCAUGUACAAUGUAAAUGCUGUAUUAAUUGAAUGUGUGGUCUUUGAUUCGUUUUCAUUCUCUUGCAAUUUGUUGUCAUGUAGCUUCAUUAUCAUUGUAGCCUGUCCUCACUGAAUAUUUGAUUAAACGUUUUCACUAAA